CUCAUUUUCGGCGGCUUCUUCUCCUUGGUCGGCGCCGCCUUCUACCCCAUCUACUUCCGGCCCCUAAUGAGGCUGGAGGAGUACCAGAAGGAACAAGCCAUCAAUCGGGCUGGGAUUGUCCAAGAAGAUGUGCAGCCACCAGGGUUAAAAGUGUGGUCCGAUCCGUUUGGCAGGAAAUGAGAAGGCUGUCACCAUCUCUGAUUACUCAAGUUGACAUCUUCAUGCUUUCGACUCUGCUUUGAACACAAUAAAUCACUUCACUAAGGAGGGGUGACUGGAGAAGAAAACCCUGUAAUGCCGUCAAUAAGAGUAAUUGUCAUGAAAGACUAUGUACCAGGAUUAGUAUUUCCCCUGGAACACACCACACCAUUAGGAAGGCUUGCAUGAUUUGGUUGACUUUCCAGAAAUGAAGCUAUCUUGCGGGGCUGUUUGUAGGAGAUCUGUUUAUUAUUCAGUCUUUAUCACCUCCCGAGCUGUGAUAGGAAUACAAGCAACCCGUGGGCUCGAGGAAGUGCAGCCCAUUCCACCUUCCAAAUAGCAGAUUUCAGUGAAGAACCACCAUGCUGAGCUGCCUCCUAGGGCUCUUUGAAAAUAUUCAAGUUGAUAAAGCUCUUUGUGGACAAGGUACUUUGUGCUAUUUAAGAAUAAACAGUUCGGCUGAACCAUCUCCUGUUGAAGAUUGCUCCAUGCUGGAAAAUAAAUAAAUAUAAAGCAGGUCAAACCACAGGAGUGCCUGUGCAUAGUACACAUCAGUGGUGAGUCAACAGAAGUUGAAAAUAUGUCUAUUAAAAUGAUUUAUUUUUAUUU